CUUGUACUGAAAGUACGCCCCUCCCACACAAAUGUAACUAUAAAACCACACAUUACUUUCAAAACAUUAGCUUAGCCUUAAACUCCCGCAACCUUCCCAAAAAGUCCCACCACCUGUCCACCUCAAUUUAUUUUAAUUCCAAGCAACCCAUAAUAAAAUAAAUAUCUAAUUCUUUAAUUUCAAUCUUCAAAGCAAAUAUUUUUGCAUAAGUAUAUGUUUUUCAAUUUUCUCAUAAUUUAAAAUCUUAAUAGAAAAUGACGCCUGCACCCAAAAUUGCUCUGUUUUUUGCGGCAAACUUGUUAUUUUUCUGUGCAAUACCAAUUCAAUCUGCUAAUGGUGAUGAAUUUAUUAGUAGAGCUGAUUUUCCAGAUGGGUUUAUCUUUGGCACCGCUUCUUCAGCUUACCAGUUUGAAGGAGCUGUAAAUGAAGGAAAUCGAGGGAAGAGCAUAUGGGAUACUUUCUCCAGACUCCCAGGGAGGAUAUUGGAUUUUAGCGAUGCGGAUGUAGCUGUUGAUCAAUACCAUAGAUUCAAGAGCGAUGUAGAGUUGAUGAAGGAUAUGGGAAUGGAUUCUUACAGAUUCUCGAUCUCGUGGCCAAGAAUUUUCCCUAAUGGUACAGGAGAACCGAAUCCGAUAGGGAUAAAUUACUACAACAAUCUUAUUGAUACUUUGCUUGAGAAAGGAAUCCAGCCUUAUGUAACCUUAUACCAUUGGGAUCUUCCACAGGCUCUUGAAGACCGUUAUGAAGGAUGGUUGAGCAAUCAAGUUAUUAAAGACUUUGAGAAUUUUGCAUCAACAUGCUUUGAAGCUUUCGGGGAUAGAGUGAAACAUUGGGUGACCUUCAAUGAGCCCCAUGGAUUUUCUAUCAAUGGCUAUGAUUUCGGGGUCCAAGCUCCCGGGAGGUGCUCAUUUAUUGGUCAUUUGCUUUGUAAGAAGGGGAAGUCAGGCGUUGAGCCUUAUGUGGCAGCUCACAAUAUUCUCCUUUCUCAUGCUGCUGUCUACCAUGCUUACCAAAAGAAUUUCAAGGAAAAACAAGGAGGAUCAAUUGGGAUUGCAUUAGAUGCGAAAUGGUAUGAACCAAUAACAAGUAAAAAGGAGGACCAAGAUGCAGCACAGCGGGCAAUGGAUUUCUCUCUUGGAUGGUUCCUCGAUCCACUCUUCUUUGGUCAAUAUCCCAAUUCGAUGCAGGAGCUUGUGGGAAGCAGGCUUCCUGAGAUUUCACCUGAGAUAUCCAAUCUACUGAACAAGUCACUGGAUUUUGUUGGUAUAAACCAUUACACCACAUUGUAUGUUCGUAAUGACAGAACCCGCUUCAGAAAAUUUCUACUCCAAGAUGCCUCAACUGAUUCUGCAGUCAUUACUUCUCAUUAUAGGUUUGGUGUACCAAUCGGAGAAAGGGCUGCUUCAAGGUGGCUAGCCAUCGUGCCUUGGGGAAUGCGUUCUUUGACAAAGUAUGUGCGGGAUAGGUAUAUCAAUCUACCAAUGUUCAUUACUGAAAAUGGCAUGGAUGAACAAGACGCGCCACAUGUAGCCUUAAACGAUGCCUUACAAGAUGAUAAAAGGAUUGAUUUUCAUAGGGACUACCUUUCAAAUCUCUCUGCCGCCAUAAGGCAAGAUAAUUGUGACGUACGAGGAUACUUCAUAUGGUCACUGCUAGAUAACUGGGAGUGGAAUCUUGGCUACACGCAUCGGUUUGGACUUUACUAUGUGGAUUACAAGAACAAUCUAACAAGAAUUCCUAAGAGUUCUGUCAAGUGGUUCAAGAGUUUUCUUAGGUUCGAUGAUAUUAGGCUUCACAAAGAAUACUAACUUAGCUUUGUUUCUUCUGUAUAUUCUUUGUUCUUGAAUUGGCAAUUACAUUUGCUCAAUGUACAUGAUAUGACAUAGAGAGUAUUACUUGAAAUUCUAAAGAAAAUAUCUACGUUGUAUGAA